CAGUCGGAGCCUGACAGUCCACACUGUGGGCAGGAGUUUACCUGUUGCUCAGGUUAAUGAUAAACUGUUAAAGCAGCAGCUGCGAGACGAGGCCUGGAAUGAAACCACGACACUUCCGUGUUCACACGAACAGCGGCAAAGUCCACGCGCCGACCGUUGACAGGAAGUGAAGCGGGUUCAGAGCCGGACAUGGACCGCUAUAGGUACCUGGUUUUUAACCAGAGGAGCGUGCUGGUCCUCGGUGUCCUGCAGGUGGCCUGUGCGGGACUGUGUGUGGUCUGCGGCUUCAUGGACGCGGCUUUCCGCAAAGAUACAGCGCUGAGCAGCACCAGGACGCCGCUGUGGGGUGGACUGGUCAUGUCCUCUCCAGGUGUCCUGGCCCUGUUCGCCUCUCAAAGGAAACACUCUGUGUUGGUGAGUGUGAUGGUGGCGACUGCAGCUCUCUCCUGUGUGGCUGUGUUUGCUGUGUCUGGUUACGCCUGCCUGACGCUCACGUACGGAGAGGAGGACGAAGACGUCUUCCACCACCACGACAGUCCACAAGUGACCUUUGUGCUUCAUCGCAUGGUGAAAGCAGCCAAUGCCACCGUCCUGCUGUCCUGCACCAUCAGCCUGGUUCUGUCCGCUCUCAUCGGCUACGUCGGCUGUCGCAGUCUCCCCUGCUGUGGCUGCUAUGAUGCCAGGACUGGACUGGAGACACUCGUUCCUCAGUGUGACCUCGGGGACACGGAGAUGGUUUGUACCUGGCAAGCAGGAGGCGACAACAGGCUCUUCAACUCUCCAGUGAAUUCCACAGAUCAAGGCACCGCUGAGGAGGAGGAGGAGAGGCCGUCCAGACUGCCUCCGUACAGCAGACUGACCUGAUCCUGUCUCACACAGUAAAGACUGACCUGAACUCAGCUGUCGUGUGUUUGAAUGACUGGACCCAGUCUGUAAAACCACGUCUUUGCUCUUUGUCCAAAGAUUUCAUUGAAACCCAAUACUUGUGUAUGUGACAUGUUUUUCUAAUUUGUAGAGAUUUUAUUUGUAUUUAAUGAAUAAAACUUGAGUUUCUAAAGAA